CAAUGUUUCUUCUGUCACCGUAGAGUUGACGUAUAAAAUAAAGAUCCCUGUUAUUGUGACGUGUACUUCAAAAAGGAAAACACAAGUGCGUGACUAAAUAUGUUAGAUUUAUUUACUAUUUUCAGCAAGGGGGGCAUCGUUUUGUGGUGUUUUCAGAGCACCACGCAAAUUUUCACGCCAUCAGUGAACGCCCUGAUAAGAAACGUAAUUUUACAAGAAAGAUCUGGCGUGCAUACGUUCGAUCAUGAUGGAUUAUCGUUGCAAUAUAAGUUGGACAAUGAGUUUGAGUUGGUUUUUGUGGUGGCAUAUCAAAAAAUAUUGCAGCUAUCCUAUGUUGAUAAGUUUUUAAACGAUAUUCACCUAGAGUUCCGUGAUAAAUACAAAAAUGAUUUGGCUGAUGGUAAAUACUUUCAAGAAUUUAAUUUUGAAGGGUGUUUCAAUUCCACACUUAAAUCAGUGGAGAUAUGGAGCAAGAAACAGGAAAAUGUACCCAAGCAAAUGAAGUCUUUUGAAGAGAGUUUUAAGUCCAAAAAAACUGUUUCUUCUAUGAUACAGAGAAAGGGGGAGGAAAAACCUGUGAAGCCCACCAAAAAGAAAGAGGUUAACUUUGCUAGUGAGGAUUCUGUUAGCCCCCCUUUAUCUCCUAAGGCAGAUCAAAAUGGAACUGAAGUAGAGGAUGUAAUGGCUGCUAAUAGAGCCAAAUUUGCUCAAAAAAUGAGCAAGAAGAAGGUUGAUACAAAAAAAAGUCCUAAAAGCCCUAAAAGUCCCCCAGAAAAAGCAGGGAAAAAACCCAGAGUUUGGGACUUGGGUGGUACAAAUAAGGACUUGGAAACAUUGGAAAGAACCACUGAUAGACCUGAGGAUAUGAAAAGUCAUUUUACACCAGAUACUGAGAUUGUUGGUCAAAUGAAAGGUGUUAUCAAGGACAUUGAAAUAGAAUCAUCUGAAGAUGAAUAUGAAGAAGACGAUGAUGAAGAUGAAGAAAUUGUGGAAACAAAAACAGCAAAAUCCAAAGGGGGCAUGUUUUCCAUACUAAAAGGAUUAGUGGGCUCAAAAAGCCUUUCAGCAAGUGACAUGGGACCAGCUUUGGAAAAAAUGAAGGAACUAUUGAUCGCUAAAAACGUUGCCUCCGACAUUUCACAGAAACUUUGCGAAUCUGUCAAAGUUAAAUUGGAGGGAAAGGUUUUAGGGACAUUUGAUAGUGUUGCUAGCACUGUAAGAAACACUUUAAAUGAGUCUUUGGUGCAAAUUUUGAGCCCAAAAAGGAGGGUGGAUAUUUUAAGAGACUGUUUGGAAGCCCAGAAGCAAAACAGGCCUUAUGUUAUGACUUUUUGUGGGGUGAACGGCGUGGGUAAAUCUACUAACCUCGCAAAAAUUUGCUUCUGGCUCAUCGAAAACAACAUGCGGCGUACUAAUAGCCGCAUGCGACACGUUUAGAGCAGGCGCAGUUAGAACAACUGCGCACUCACAUGCGCCACUUGAACGCCCUGCACCCGGCCGAUAGGCAUGGCGGGCGCCAGAUGGUGCAACUAUACGAAAAGGGAUACGGAAAAGAUGCCGCCGGUAUCGCCAUGGAGGCCAUAAAGUUCGCCAGGGACUCCAGGAUAGACGUUGUUCUUGUGGAUACUGCUGGCAGAAUGCAGGAUAACGAACCUCUGAUGAGAGCUCUGACCAAACUUAUUAAAGUAAACGAACCGGAUUUGGUUCUUUUUGUCGGUGAGGCUUUGGUUGGUAAUGAAGCUGUUGAUCAGUUGGUUAAAUUCAACCAGGCGUUGGCUGAUUAUUCGUUAAAUACGAACCCUCAUAUUAUUGAUGGAAUUGUCUUGACCAAAUUUGAUACUAUUGAUGAUAAGGUUGGUGCUGCUAUUUCUAUGACUUAUAUCACUGGGCAGCCAAUUGUUUUUGUUGGUACAGGUCAAACAUAUACAGACUUGAAAGCACUGAAUGCUAAAGCUGUUGUACAUUCUCUUAUGAAAUAAAUUAUUUUUUUUUAAUUGCAUUUUUUUAAAUAGAUGGUUAAAUAAUAUAUUUUGUUUUACAUUAAAUAUCGCUUUAUUUUCCUUUUUUAACACAACUAAAAAUAUAACAUUUUACAGCCCUUAAGUAAAAAAAACACAUUAAAAAAUAUUCAGGCUUAAUAACUUAAUAUAACUAAUUACAUUAACUUAAAUCUAUAUGGUGAAAAAACUAUGGAAAAUUUUUAUUUUACUUAAUUUUUCCACCAAAAAUAUUUAGGACGUUCGCUUUAAAGCUUUCCGAAUUACAGUCCAAUCCUCAAUUAUAUCUUGUGGCUUCAACAUAUAAACAAUGUAGGGCCCUGAAACUGUAACAGCCUUCCUUUUGGACCUCGACCUUGACCUUGUACCCCAUUCACCCCCCUCACCCCAGGUGAUUUCACUGUUCUGUCUAUCCUCUUCUAAUCUUCGUAUAGUAUCCAACAGUUCAGUAUGGUAAAAGUCUCUUGCAAGGUUUUUCUCACUCUCAAAGUUUUGUUUGGCAGCCUGUUCCUCUGCAUCAAAUUGAUUUUUGAUGUUUUCCAGCUUCAAACGGCGUAGAAUAUCUGCUACUUCAGUUCGUAUCCGCAUGUUAUCUUGCAGCUCUGAUAAAGGUACUAAAUAUUCUGGGGAGCGCCCCGCUUUUACUUCGUAUAGUUGGUGCUCAACCUGCGUAAUUCUCUCUUUGUACAGUUGCUCCUUUAAGUGCCCGAACUGAUUCUCUAGAUCAUGCACGUGCUGCAAGAGUUCAGUACGUCUGCUUUCGCACUCCCCUACAAAUAACCCGCUUGUAGAAAAACUCUUGCGCCCUUUCGAGGUUACAUUACCUUCGUCCAUCUCACUACUGUCGUCGGAGUCGGCCUCGUCCUCGCUCGUAUCGCGGGCCCCGUCAUUUUCGCGACUUGUGUUCGAGUGCUCGGAUUCCGCCCCCGAGACGUCGCCGUCGUUCACGUCGACGCCCGAUGACGUCACUUUGAUCGGGGGCAUGAUAGAGCCGUAAAUGGUGGUUUUUCUCUAUUUAAUGCCGAGAAAUUCGAUUUGACACAUAAACAAUAUAAGUGAGGUUAUGUUAUGUUAUGGCGAACGGUCGGUAAAGUAGAUUGGCCCCUUCAGGGCAGUGUUGCCAAUCAGUAAGGAAUUUGCUGGUCUGUGAGUAAAGUACAGUUCCCCAUAAAGAAGGUUGUUUGAAG